UUACUUUUAAUCUUCUCCGUACAAAUCCAUUACUACCCAAAAAAAAAAAUCCUACAAAUUGAGAAGCAUCAAAGAAUUAAGAAGAAGAUUCAGAUUUAUUCCUCUUCUUCUUCGUCUUCUUCUCAAAUGGAAGCGGAUGUAUCUAUCAAUUUCUGCAAAACCCUAAAAAUUUCUCUUUAAAGUUUUCGUUUUUCUUCAUCUUCUGAGGAAUUAGGGUUUGAGAAAUCUGAGGAAAAUAAAAAAGCUAUGAAUUCUGCAGUGCUUUUAUCGUUGCUCUUUCUAUUUGCUAAGUGUUUUAUGGCGACAGCGAAUGUUGUGCUCAUUGUGCACAACGCCACUUUCUCUUUCCAAGAUGUUGAAGCUAAUUUCGCUCCACCGGUUAAAGGUUCUGGGGAAUGUGGAGUAUUAUACAUGGCAGAGCCUCUCGAUGCAUGCUCAACAUUGACUAAUAAAGUUGAAAAAGCCUCCAAUUGCAGUUCCCCAUUUGUUCUGAUUGUUAGAGGAGGAUGUAGCUUUGAGGAUAAAGUUAGAAGAGCACAGACAGCUGGAUUCAAAGCUGCAAUUGUCUACGACAAUGAAGAUAGUGGUGUCUUGGUUGCAAGGUUAAAUAAGGUUCUUGAAGAGGCUGUCCCAACUGAAGAAGAUAUGAAAAUAUUGGCAGGAAAUUCAGCCGGUGUAAAAAUAAACGCUGUGUUUGUUUCUAAAGCUUCAGGUGAAAUACUAGCAAAAUACACUGGCUUAACUGACAUGGAGAUUUGGAUUAUCUCAAGUUUCGAAAACUCAGCAUGGUCAAUCAUGGCAAUCUCUUUUAUUUCCCUACUUGCCAUGUCUGCAGUGCUCGCUACUUGUUUCUUCGUUCGUAGGCAUCGUAUAAGACGUGCACGGCCUCGAGCUUCUCAUGUGCGGGAAUUCCAUGGAAUGAGCAGUCGAUUAGUGAAAGCAAUGCCAAGUUUGAUAUUUACUGCUGUUUUAGAGGAUAACUGUACUUCAAUAACAUGCGCUAUAUGCCUUGAAGAUUAUACCGUCGGAGAGAAGCUUAGGAUUUUACCAUGUCGUCACAAAUUUCAUGCUCUCUGUGUGGAUUCAUGGCUUACUACCUGGAGAACCUUCUGUCCAGUUUGCAAGCGUGAUGCUAGAACUAACACAGGUGAUCCACCAGCUUCAGAAUCAACACCGUUGCUUUCAUCCAGCCCAGCCUCUGUGGCUUCUUCUGUGUUAUCGUCUAUGAGGUCAUCAUUUGCAUCAUCAUCAGCCAUACAAAUAGCACCAGCAUCAUCUCAAUCCCCUUCAGUUUCUCACAUGCACUCUGUUGCUAGCACUCCUUACAUUCAGAACUCUCUUAGGUCCUACCGCCAAUCCCCUCCCAUGCAUGUAAGCCGAAGCUCAGUAGAUCUCAGGAAUGCAUCAUCCCAAAGAUCUCAAGCUCCCCAUUUCAUUUCACCCCACUCAUUGGGUUACCCAUCCUAUUCACCAUAUAACUCACGAUUCAUGUCUCCAUAUAUUCCAAGCCCAAGCAGUGCAUCACCAAGCUUUGUCAGUUCAUCUGGUCGGCAGCAGCACCCUCUGCAUUGCAGCGAGUCAGCUGCAAGUUUUUCUCCCUUUGCUUCUGCCCAAUCUCUUCCAGAAUGCUGAGUUAAAUUUUAGCAUAUGUUUUGUAAGCUGGAUAGGUGCUGCUAAGAGCUCACCAGUGGGAGUUGAACCGACAUUCCUGAGAUCAUUUUUACCUUAAGCUUGCACUGUAAAGUUGUUGUGUCAUGAUUGGAUUCUAUUUGACAUAGUUGCUUGCUUACACCAGUUUUUAUAUCUCGAGUGGAACUUGUUGCGACCUCACGUGUACAUUGUAGCAUAAGGUUUUCUUUUUGUUUUCAAGUGAUUAUUGUGGUUCUUUCAUUUGAGGUCUGUGAAGUGUGUCUGAAAAAAGCGUGAUUGUAUUGUGCUGUAAUUAGGGUCUGUUUGAGAUCCGUUUAUUUUACUAGAACUGAAAAUUUUGUGCUAAAAAUACUGUAAAUAAAGGUAAAAAUUAGCUGAAA